AUGUCUCAAAAAUUUAAGUCCCCUAUAAUUAUAUCCAAAGUCCAACCGAAAGUACUCUACAAUACCCAAGAUCUCAAUGUUAAGGUCGUCAAAGUCUUUAGUCCUUUUGAAUAUAUGCAUUACCUUCAGAGAAGACAAGACUACAUAAAAAAGCAAUAAGAACUGAUUGCCAAUCUUCAAUUAAGCAAAGAGAAUUAUGAUAAAUUGACUUUUUCAGUUAAAUAGAUAGGAGUUACAGAUGAUGAAGGUAGAGUUGGUUCACUUAGCUAAAGAAAAUAUCUACUCAAAUCUAUGGAAUCAACCAGACUCUAAAAAUCAGAAUCUAUCUAACAAUCAUAAACUGAUAGAGUUCAAUAUCAAUUCAGGGCAAAAGCAUUACCAAGUAGUCGAAGAGAAAAAACUAGAAUGUCUCAAUAAUAAUCCAAUAUCAAUUUUCUAACCCUUCCAGAAAGAUCAGAAACCCACAUUGAAUUCAAGACAAGCACCAUUGAUAAGAUAAUUAAAAGAUCAAGAUAAAAAAAACGAUUUCCGCUAAGUCAACCUUAACCACCAGAGGUUGCAUUUGCUAAAUAAUACUAAAAUUAAAAAUAUUUAUCAUAUAGCCGGUAGCUAUAAGAAUUAUAAGGAACAUUGGAAUUCAAUAAAUUGUUAUGA